AUGGAAAAUUUAGUCCUAGCUUUAGGUCCUGGUGUACAUAACUAUCAACCAUUUUGGCAAAGCUGUUCAGAAUUAGAAGAUCUGUACAAUCCACCAAACCUCCAAACGCUAUGCAAAGCGAAAAUUAUUAGACACGUCUCGUUAAGAAGACUGAAGCUCUUUGAAAGUACACCACACUUACCAAAAUUACUAGUGAAAUAUCUAUUCAACCUCACCACCAAUGACUUCGAAGGUAUUGAAUGCGCUCCUUUUAUUGACACAUUUAACCUAACUUUCUACCACCGAGCCUUAACAUAUCGUGUCAGGUGUCAGCUAGAUGAUCAAAUAUAUCUGGCUACUUACGGUAAUGGCGCCCAUCAUUCUCGUGACAGCUGUGAGCAGAGUCGACGAAGUUGGGUUAAAAUACGCCAUCGACAUAUUAUGUGUGUUUAUGCAGAGGUUACGGACGAAUCAACGGGUAAUGAUUUUUAUCUCUUGGACAUCCCACAGACUACUCUUGAGCACGUGCAUGCUCUUAUGUUUAGCUGUGGCUUGACCAUCCCUGAAAGUCAGUUGUGGGAAUUGGCUUACCAACUAAGUUCGGCGUUACUUCACAUGUUGUCACAUGGACUCCACUAUGGGCCAUUUGGUCUAGACAAUAUUUUUAUGAUUGGAAACACUAUUGCAUUAGAAAACGGACUGACCAGGAAGUCUCGGAUUGAGUCUUUACGAGAUUCUGUUUGUCGACAGAAUUACAACAGCGCAUGUCAGAGACUUAGGAAAGGGGUCAAAAAGGUAAAACCAAGCUCUAAAAAGGAUGUAUCUAACUUUAUUAAUGAAGCAUCGGAAACAAAAGCAGUGUGGUACAUUGGAUACAUUCUUUGUAAACUGGCAACUACAAGUUUCGGAAAUGCCCCUUUUCUGCGUCCUUCGGCCUUGCCUCACCAUGGUUACUUGUUUCCACAGAGUUUCCUGUCAGGAGAGCUCCGUAACUUGUAUUCAGCAGAACUGAGACAACUGAUAAUGAGCACGCAAUUUCCAAAUUCUCUAAAGAAACCAACACUGGAAGCAAUCAACAUUCUGGCCCAUACAAUGCUCCACAAGUUCAGUCCAAAAUCACUUCAGGCAUCAGAAUGUCAUUUUCUCGACUGGCUCCUGAACUCCAUCCCCUGA